GGGACUUGUCUCGGUGAAGAGGCCAGUAUGGAUCCACCGCGGGAUAUUCAAAAGUUUAGACGCAACAUAAGCACCAGAUCUACAGUAUCUUCAUGUUCCUCUCUCGCCAUGGAGAUAAAAAGAAAGAAAAUCAGAGAAAGUGUGUUUUUUCAAAAUGAGGACUGUGAUAUUCAGGAAAAGCUGGACUUUGAGAUACGAAUGAGAGCAGGGGCUUACAAGAUUCUGGUUGCCAGCACUAAGAAAAAGCAGGUGCUGGACGCAUCUAGGAGUUUGUUAACCUGCAAUGCCCGAAUUAAAGCCUACAUGAGUGAGGCACAGAGGAGGAAAGAGCACCAGGACAUCAGAAGGCCCUCAGACUCUCAGGAUCAAAUUCCCUGUAAGGGGAAGGUUGCCAUAUCUGGCCUGCGGAUUCCAUUGUUUUGGAAAGAUUCAGAACAUUUCAACAGCAAAGGGAGUGCACAGAGGGUGGCAGUCUUCUGUUUGAUGAAGAUUGGCUCUGAGAUUUUUGAUACAGACAUGGUGAUUGCAGACCCAUCAAUGACUGAUAUUUGUUUUGAGGGUGUCAAUAUUUUUUCUGAGGCUAAGCCGGACUUUGAACUAACAUUGGAGCUGUAUUGCUGUGGACUAGAGGAGGAGGCAACCUUUGUCAACACUCCAAAAAAACUGGCCAGGAAGUUCCGCUCCUCUUUUGGCAGAUCUUCAGGCAGGAAACUCUGCCCUCUUCUGGAUGGAGGAGACCCAGACACUUUCCUCCAGUCCAACCCAAUACCACAAGGUGCAUGCUACUCAUUGAUGGCAUACACCACAUUGGGUUUAGAGCAGGCGGAGGGCUCUUUCCAGUCUCAUUCUCUCAUAAUCCUGCAGAAUGUGGAAGCUUCAUCAUGGCUGCCGCUCUACGGAAACCUGUGCUGCCAGCUGGUGGCACAGCCUGACUGUAUGACUCAAGAUAUGAUGAGUGGUUACCUGAGCCAACAGCAAAGCAUUGAGGGUUUGCAUCGAUGCUGUAAGCUGUACUGUGUGCUAAAGGCUGGACGGCUUUCAUGCUAUUACACUCCUGAGGAGAUUCAGGCCAAAGUGGAGCCCAGCCUCAUUAUCCCCAUAAAUAAGGAUACCCGUAUCCGUGUGGUAGACAAGGACCACCAGAAAUCUGGGUCUAGGCUGAGCCUGAUAAACCCUGGAAAAGGAGUCUCUGCCAGUCAUGUCUUUAAUGCUGAAACUCCUGAUGUCUUGCGGGAGUGGUUGGUUGCCCUCUGGCAGCACAUAUAUGACCAGAGUCAGUGGCAGCAUACGUGCGACAAGCUCUUGGAAAUUGAGGUUCUUUCACCACGAAAACCCCCACUCUUUCUCACGAAGCAAGCUGACUCUGUUUAUAAUGAUCUGAGCAUUGGAUCCCCUGGGAAGUUUGAGAGCUUGACUGACAUCAUUCACAACAAGAUUGAGGAAACUGAUGGGCGCUUUCUCAUUGGUCAUGAGGAGGACAGAGAGUCUCCUCAUUGGGCAGCCCUUUUUGAAGGAUCCCGGCAAAUGGUGGUACAAAAAAGUGUUCUGUCACCAGGUAAAGAAAGCAAUCAGUCUGUUCCGAACCCCUCCACGAGCAGUAAAAAGAAGAGGAGAGCCCCUCUACCCCCUCCUGAUAAAUUACCAUUCAUUCAACCUACCAGUGUCUUAUCCAAUCAGGAGAAAGAGAACUGUAAGGGGGCGAGGCCUCGAACAGGGCGCCCGUCACUGGAUGCUAAAUUCUCUGCCAUCAUUCAGCAGCUUCAGAAGAGCCACACGUCCUCUCGUAAAAACGCACCACUUGGACAGAUCGAGCCCUAUCAGCACCCUUACACUCCCAAAAAGAGAGAUGAGUCAGAAAAUCCUGAGACCACAUCCAGUCAGGACCUUCAGCCGCCAGCACCGGCCCCCAGGAACAAACUGAGGAUGUCAUUCAGAGAGAAGAUGAACCCCAAGGCUUGGUGAAUGUAUGAGGCAUGAGACGUCUAAUUGUCUGCCCUCUCAUGAUUAAUUGAUUCACUGUGGAAAGAUGAAAUGUCCUUGGAUGCCCUAUUUUAAUUUUCGGGUGAACAAUUUUUUUAAGAUAAACUCCUUUUCUUCCUAUUAUCAGUCUAUUCCUAUCAAAGUUCAGAAGUAUACGAGGAUACAGUAAGAGAAUGUACAAAUGGACUAUCUUAUUUUUCACUUUCAAGACUGAAUGACGGUCCUUUAAAAGUCCAACUUUGUGUAUCAUGUGUUUAACACUAGUUGACUGUAACAGCCACUUAUGAUGUAACCACUAAUUACUAAGCACUUUUUGGAUUUUGGCACAUAGGAUUAUGAAAGCACGUACCAGCUGUAAACCAGCUGCUUUGUUUUCUUAACAUGCAACAUUUUAUUUCAUCUCACAGGUUAAUAUAGUCAUAACUCAUAAUAUUAUGUACAUGUUCUACUUUUUGUUACUUAAUACACCAGUUUAAAGUGUCAGCGGGUAAAGAUACACAAGGAACUGGAUGAACUAUUUUGUUUUAUAGAAGUAUUUUGCUUGACUGAAUUUUUUUUAUGCAGUUGCAGAAACGUUUUAAGUCCAUUUUAAUUUUUGUUUGUUUUUUUGUUCUUGUCAUACACAUAUCCACUAUAUUUGACCAAGUGGUUUAAAAGUCAUUUACACCCAAAUAACAAUUGAGGGAAUGUUUGAAAAUGUAAAUUUAGGGUAGAAUGUUGUUUCAGUGAUUUAUUUUUAAUAAUGCGCAGUAGAUGUUAUAAGUAGCACACAUAUGAUGCAUUCUACUAAAUACUGUAGCACAUAAUUUAUGAAUAUUCAGAUUGUAAUGGUACGUGUUGUGCAAUACUUUUUACAUUUUGGAACCGUUUCAUGUAUGUUUCUGUAGCACAAUGUCUAUCUUUUUGUUUAGGAAUAAUUCACUCUAUCAGACAUUAAUUUCGUUUGUCAUUCUCUGGGCAUUAACAGGAAAAUGCAGAAGCUCUUAAUGAAUUAGAUCUACAGUAAAAAGUUGUACUAAGCUGGUUUGUU